AGCACACAGGCAGAUAAAUCGUUUCCGGAAAUCGAUUAGUUGCACUUAAACAAUAUAUUUCUCACAAGAUUAAGGAAUUUUCUCCCUUUUGACAGUUGCACAAAAAUGUUAAAUUAUCAAUAAAUUGAAUGUCUUGUUUUACGAUGUCAAAUUACAUGUACGUACGAUUUUAACCUCAAAAGGGUUUCAUUAUUUUGCGUGGUUUAUGGCUGUAACUCGCGUAGCGGUUAUCUUGGGGGAAAUACUAGAUGAGGAGCAGAAACCAUCGUUGGUAAAAGAUGCCAUUCCAGGUUUAACCAGCUGCCCAUCGGAUUUGCUUGCCAAGUUCCAGUCACAUUUAAAUGGAUUAACAAGCAAUCAGCAAUGUUCACUGGAGUGCAUCUUCUGUCAUCAGAGUGAAGAUUUCGAAUUUCGAAUACUGUGUCGUCCUUCAUUGUCUGGAAUUACAUCACUUUUGACAAGUUACUUAGUCCCACCGAAAAAGCCUGACGUUGCCCUGAAUGUUAUUCUUAUUUAUGCUGGUUUAUUGUCCGAGGGAUCGGCUCAUUGGUUGUUACCCAAUUGUGUACUGACGCCUGCAUUCUUAGUCGACUUCAUUCAUCAUUUGUCGACGCUUCAUCCUAAGUCGGAUGAUGCAGAAAAUCAACCCUCUCCAAAACCCAUUCGUCUUCAUAUUGGUAUUGGAGGUGUUACAUCUGGUGGGGAAUGGCGUCAGUUGGUUAAUACACCACCACAGUCUAUUGGAGGUCAUACAUUCCAAGUAACAGUUAAUCGUUGUCGUACAACAACAAAAGCUAAAGGUCAUGGGCCUACAGAUACUACUUCUCCGUCUGGUAGUACAUUCGAUUUCGAAAGUUUUCUAUGCGAUGUAAUGUCAAAACUGCCAGAUCCUUAUUGUCUACCUCUUAGUCAAGCGUUGACAACGCGUUCACCAACUGAUCCUACGAUUAAAGUCUCCAAACCAUGCAUUUAUGUAUUUCCUGAAGGUUCUGGACAAGCGUCUAUAUUAGCUUUACCAGGUUAUAAUAUGUUAAUCAAUGGAGGGUGUAGUUACAAGCCAUGUUUUUGGUCUGUUGCUAAUUAUCUUGAUAGCUUAGAUUCUGUUUUUCUAACUCACUGGAGUGUUGACAAUUUACUCGGUGUCAGUGAAAUUCUUCCAACAGUGUUUACACCAAACAACAAGGACAGUAACAACAACAAAAAUAGUAAUAAUAAUAAGCAACCUUUUCUAUGUUUACUUACACCUCCACCGAAUAUUAGUCAAACAAAAGUAAACAAUACUGGACAACAAGAUAGUCAGUUACAAUUUCCAAUUAAUCUACCAAUGCAUUUUUCUAAUAUAAUUGGAAAGCUGAAACGUGCUGGAACCAAUUUAGUGGUUUAUCCACUUACUCGUGGUGGAAAACAGUCAGUGUUGCCUAGAUCAAUACAAUUGUUCCAGAAAGUAGGUCAAGGUUGUUUGGAGUUAUUCCCAUUGACUCCAGGAGAUGAUGAUUCUGCAGAAUUACGCAAGUUGACAGAUGAUUGGUCUAAAGCUUCUCCAUCCUUGAUGACAACAACUGUUCCGUUAAGCAGAACACCUGGGAACAAAAGCUCUGUUCCAUUGCUUUCGUAUACGAGUGUAUCAGCUUUAGUUGUUUGGAGACCAGCUAAAGAUACUGAACCUAUACUUCGUAUUCUUUUCGUUUCACCAAAUGCACAUCAAACGCGUAUUUUAUCAAGUUUAGAUGCGUUAAUUUCUGGUUGCAUUUACCUGCGUCAUUCAAAAGCUGUGCCUGCAGAGUAUGAACGCAAACGACCAGUACAACCGUUAAGCGCAGGCAUGCGACGCCCCACAGUACCAGCAACAACAACACACGCUGCAUCUGCUAGUAAUGAAAGUAUUGCCAAUUCGACUGGGCAAAAUCAUCACAAUACAGCUCGAUUGUCUCAAGUGCCCAAGAAGACUGCAGCUCAGCGACCACCUUCAUCAGUCUCAACAUCAUCGAAAAAUGCGACUAAUAAACCUUCGCCUUUGGCAAAAACACCUGCCAAGGUAAACGAAUCAGCCAAAGACAAAAGUGCCACAGAAGUGAAUUCACAGCAUCAUGAAACUUGUGCUAACGAUGAUGUGCUAUCUUCACCUGAGAAUUUGCCUGCUGAAUCAACUGAUAUCAGCUCAGAUAUUAUGAACGGUGAUGAUGCAAGCAACAUCAAUGGUGGAGCUGACGACGUCAUUAUGCAUAAACCAGCAAAUGGUUAUGGGAAUGAUGCAUCAGAUUUUGAACCCUCUUUAGGGGAUUCAAAACAGUCGAUGAGUAAUGGUGACAAUAAUGAGUUUAUUAUUCAUAAUAACAAUAAUAAUAAUAACGACCUGAAUAUGAAUACACCAAUCAAACUUCAAGAGCAUACACAACAAGAAUUCCACACUGGUGGUGGUGGUAUUCCACAAGAAAAUAAAGUUUCGCCAGCUGAUGGUUUUAAGCAUGAUCCAAUUGCUUCAUGGGGGAUGCCACAGAAUUUACCAUUGCCAACAGGUCCAGACGCUUCAAAGAAACCAUCAGCAGCUGCUGCCGGAACUACAAAUGGAGAUAAGAAGCCAGCAUCUCAUAUGCCAACGAGACGAGUUACAUCUGUCAACAGUGCUUCAUUGAAUGUGACUAAAACUAGUCGUCCUUCUCUUGCUCCACGUCCAACUACGCAUACAAAUGGAUCUAAUCAAUCAGCUGCUACUUAUUCCCCUGGUUAUACUAUUGCCUCAGGGCAUAUCACUAGUGGCAAAGCACCAGUACCACCAUAUGAUAAAGUUAAACCAAUUUAUGUCGAUGUUGCAUUUCUUCCAGGUGGUGGAAAUUCAAAUUAUGUUGAUGCUGAAUGGUUUAAACGUGUUAGAGCACGUUAUUAUGUAGCUACUGAUGUAAGACCUACUUGUUCACUUUUAGAAUCUUUAGUUGUCGGCAAAGAAUCAUGGAGCGGUGAUGAUGCCCAACUUGAAGUGUCUUUAAUAAUUGCUUAUGAAACAGAAGAGCUGUUAAUUUGGCUUGGUGUAAAUGCUGGUCGACUGAAUGCCUGUCACAUAAAUUUAGCUUCAGUCAUUUCACGUUCAAAAAUUCAAAUUCUAACUGAAACAGCACCGACGACUGGUGGUGACGGUUGUCUCAGUUAUCCUGGCUACCGGAUUGAUCUAUUGUGAAAGAUGAAUGAACAUAAAUAGUAGAUAUAUACACACUUACAUUAAAUGAAGGAAUCUCUCUCUCUCUCACACACAGUGUUACCUUUCUCUUAGAAGAGUAUAUCGCUUUUACUCUAUGCAUACAUACACAUGCCUACACGUCUAUAUACACAUUUACAACUAGAGAUUAUUAUGGAAUUUACAUGUCAUUUUAUUAAUCUUGAGCCAGUGAAUGAUUAACAGAUGAAUGUGAAGGGGAAUUAGUUGUGUGUUUCCUUUGCUGUUGCUGUUAUUAUCAUUAUUAUCAAUGUUGUCGCUGUCAUCUUUAUGAUAAAAUUUCUCUACAGCUGAGAACCCUUUUUCAUUGCACACACGAUAGUAUAGGCCAAUGUUUUUUUUGAAUUUGUACUGCAUUGGUUUGAGUUGAGUUUAUUUAUGCGUGCAUCCCAUCUCUCUCAUGUUGCUAUAUUUCUCUCUUUUUUUAUAUAAAAUGAAGUUGGUUCUUUGUCUUCUCUGAAUUGAAUUGAUGUGUAAUACGCCUUGUCUUCUUCCCCUCCAGACAGACAUAUAAAAUUGUAGUUGUAGGGUGAAGAUGAUACAAGAUUUGAUGUUGUUGCUUUCUGUUAUCGCUGAAAGUUUUGGCGAUAUCAUUUUUUGCUGACAAAAAUGGAUGGAUGAAUGCGUGAAUAAGACGCAAAAAUAAAUCGCAUUUCUACACGUCCAUACACACACACACACACGCACACACACUAUAUUUUGCAAUUUAUUUAUUUCUCUCUGCAUAUAUAUAUGCAUAUUCUUGUUCUUAGCAUUAUUACGUAAUGCUGCUACCAUUUGGUUAUUCGUUAUUGCAUAUAAUUGGCGUGUUUAUGUGUGUGUGUGUGUCUGUGUUCCUCUUUUUGUUUUCGCAUUUUAUUGUUUACCUUUAAGAAGUCAAAAUGCGCAUAUAUCUAUAUAUCUGCAUACAUUCCUCAUUCGCCGCCUUCUCUGUCGUAUCUACGUCUUACUGUACUACAUACAUACUAUCUCUUUUUUCAAAAUAUAUAUACAUAUUGUUAGUAUUA